CGUAUCGACGACGAUGUAGGAACGCACUGCCGGCAACCGGUGGGCGGGGACAAUGUCUGGUGCGUCUUUGAGAUAAAUGCGACCCUGGAUAAGUUACUGCCUCUAGUCGACGCACUCUAUGCGCAGAAUCGCGCAUUUCGAUUCCAUCGACCAGCUGUGAGGAGAAUAUAGCAACAUGUGUCAUUGAAAGAGUUUCCUCUGGCCGUUUAUUGCUAUUCUACUCCUGUUUACGGCUUGUCUAACAACCACACCCUGGAGAAAGUGAGUGUGAGCGUCACGCAUCGGUUUUGGAAGAUGCGCCGAGCUUGAGACUAAGCAACCCAGACUAUGUCACGCAUACAAAGGUGACGAGAGAUGCCUUCCUUCUGCAAUCGACAGGGUGAUCUGAUGGCCUGCAAAUGCGACCAUCAAAGACGGCACCGAAACGCAACGUACCGCCCCGUCACUGGAGAUCGACGACACCCCCCGAGCCGAUGGAGGGCGAAAGUCAAAAUCGGCCAGGGGGCUUUACCCCGGAUUCUCAUCUUGUCAUUAAACUCAACCGUGAGCGGCUGCUGCAACGGCUCCCCAAGGAGCCAGAAGUCAAAAAGCCACCAGAAAACGUCUGAGCGGACGUCAAACAUCUACAACCUGAGAGCACCUACACGGAUCUCAAAGGGAAUCAUCUGGAAGUUUGACCUUGGAGUGUUGAGUUUCUUCCAAGUUGCUGCCCACCAAGCGGCGCUACUGCAACUAAAGACGGAUACUCAGGGUCUCCAAGAUCGACCCUCUUCUGGCCCACCCGGCGCGACCGCAACCGCAACCGCAACCGCAACCGUUCCGCUCCUACAUCUGACCUGCCUCAGACUGCAAGCCGGCAAUCAGUACCAAUGCUGGCUCUUCGCAACUCAUUGUAUAGUGUAUUGCGGUAUUUCAACAACGUCAACAGGGGCUUGUCAGUCGCUUUCUGAGGGCACCGGUGGUACUCGGUGCGGAGGCAGAGACGGGACAGGCAUGCACCCGGCAGACUGGCAUGAUGAUGAGGAGAUGCGGCACGAGAUCAGCGGAAGUCAAGGAACCUAAACUUGACCGAGCAGAAAAGACGAGCCAAGAAGUCGGUGGGCCGAAGACCUCCUAGGCCCUGUUUGAGGAGAGAAAGAGGGGUGGGAAACAAGCCGGAGAUGGC